AUGGAGAAGAUAAACUCGCAGCUGUACCUGGAGAACUGCUACAUACUCCAGCAGAACGAGAAGCUAAGGAGGAAAGCCCAGCAGCUGAAUCAGGAGAACCAGGCCCUGCUUAACGAGCUCCAGACCAAAAUCUCCUCCAACAAGGGCCAGAAUAACAAUGAAGAUCAUGGGUCAACUUCUUCAACCUCCAAACCACCUGUAGUCAACUCCUCCAAAACCCAUUGA